AUGGAAAUCAACCCUCCGUGUGGAGACAACUUGUACGAUGAAGAUGGGAAGAAGCUCCCCCCCUGUAUUCCUGGCGCCGGACUCACCCCCGCCCUCAUGGCCUGCUACUUGCUGGUGGCUAACAUCCUGCUGGUCAACCUGCUCAUCGCCGUCUUCAAUAACACGUUCUUCGAGGUGAAGUCCAUCUCUAACCAGGUGUGGAAGUUCCAGCGCUAUCAGCUGAUCAUGACCUUCCACGAUCGGCCCAUCCUGCCCCCCCCCCUCAUUGUCUUCCCACACAUUUACAUCAUGCUGCGCAGACUCUGCUGCCGCUGCCGGCGCCGGACCGACGGCGAGCGCGAUGACGGCGAGAGGCGCCUCC